GCGAUCAGGGACAGCCUCACCAUGUGUGAGGGACUGAUGGAGAGGUAUGUGGCUGCCAUGUUGCUGAGUGCAGCUGGAGAUGCCUUGGGGUACUUCAACGGGAAGUGGGAGUUUCUCCGGGAUGGGGAAAAGAUUCACCGGCAGCUGGCCCAGCUUGGUGGUUUGGAUGCCAUAGAUGUGGAGAGGUGGAGAGUCAGCGAUGACACGGUGAUGCACCUGGCCACCGCAGAUGCUCUUGUGGAAGCCGGCAAGGUCUUGGAUUUGGCUCACCUGUAUUCCCUACUUGCUAAGCAUUACCAAGACUGCAUGGAAGACAUGGAUGGCCGCGCACCAGGGGGUGCUUCAGUGCAGAAUGCCUUGCUGCUGAAGCCGGAUGAGGCCAAUGGCUGGAGAAUUCCCUUUAACAGCCAUGAGGGUGGCUGCGGGGCAGCUAUGCGUGCCAUGUGCAUCGGCCUCCGGUUCCCUCACCACAGCCAGCUGGACACGCUGAUCCAGGUGAGCAUCGAGAGCGGCAGGAUGACCCACCACCACCCUACAGGCUACCUGGGAGCCCUUGUUUCUGCUCUUUUUACAGCCUAUGCUGUGAAUGGCAAGCCUCCCAGGCAAUGGGGAAAAGAACUGAUGGAGGUGCUACCAGAAGCUAAAAAGUACAUUAUCCAAUCAGGCUACUUUUUGGAGAAGAACCUUCAACACUGGUCCUACUUUCAAGACCAAUGGGAAAAAUACCUAAAACUUAGAGGGAUUUUGGAUGGCAAGUCAGCCCCUAUCUUCCCCAAGCCCUUUGAUGUCAAGGAGAGGGAUCAGUUCUAUACCUCCAUAAGCUACUCUGGCUGGGGUGGCAGCAGUGGCCACGACGCCCCCAUGAUUGCCUACGAUGCCAUCUUGGCUGCGGGAGACUCCUGGAAGGAGCUUGCCCACCGAGCCUUUUUCCACGGGGGAGACAGCGAUUCUACUGCUACUAUUGCUGGCUGCUGGUGGGGAGUUAUGUAUGGUCUGAAAGGAGUGAGCCCCUCCAACUAUGAGAAACUGGAAUACAGAAACCGGCUGGAGAAGACAGCCAGGGCUUUGUAUGCUCUGGGCUCAAAGGAGGACACUGUAAUUGCCCUUUAGUGAGAUGUGAUGUCAUCUCUUGUUUUUUCCCUCUUGUGUGGUCCAGUUUCUUUUCACUUUUUCCCAGAUCAAGAGUUUUAACCUUAUACUCCAGGAGUUUUGAGAUGACAUGUCCCUUAAGCACCUGAAGCUCAUUUUUCCAAACUCACCCUAUCCCCCCAAAUCUGUCCCUCUUUCCAUCCUAAAGAAUCCUUAUCUCCAUUGACAGAGUCAGUGUCUCCUCAAGGUAGAAGUCUUCAAGCCUCACACUUGAGUCUUCAUGUUCAUCAUCUAAACUUUGACUAAGUUUUUUCUGUUUGUUUCAGGUUGAGUUCCCCAAAGGUGGACUCUCAGACAAGGAUUUAAAUACAAGUCAUUUACUGGGGAGGUGACUCCAGGAAGUGAUGAGAAUGGGGAAUUGAGACAAGGAGGGCAGGGAGGCCAGUACAACGUACAUUACUGAGCACGUUACCACUGAGGGCAUUGGGAGUUAGUCCAUCUGGGUUCUCGGGGUAAGCCAUGGCUCAGAGGAGUUCCAACUGAGGAGCAAGCAAACUAAGGUGUUUAUCCAUCUGACAGUGGUUGAGGACCUCUCCUAGGGAUGCUCACUCCCUGGCACUUCUCAUCCGGCCUCUUGUGCAAGCCACACCCAGCUGUCUUUAGGCAAAGACUCAGGUGCUUGCAGCAGCAUACAGUGCAUUGGAGCAGUGAGGAUGAUAAUGUGGGGUUCCAACAGCAUCUCUGCCAGGUAGUUCUACCUCAGUAUCCUUCAUAUCUACUACCUCUUUUACCUUUCUGCACCAUCCAUCUCUCAGCUGGAUUUCACAGCCCAGGCUACUCAGGUAUGGGAGGUGCCACUCCUAGGCGUGCUCUGUACGUCACUGGCCGUGACACUUCAUGUGUUGCCGGUUUCGUUGUCCAUCUGCUUGUCUUUAUUCUCCAGACACAACCUAGCACAGUGUCUGUGAACAUGGGAGGUACUAAAUUCGUAUAUAUGAAGUGAAUGUUGUUAAUUAACCUGCCUGGUGCCUUAACUCCAUUCUUGACUCCCUCCUUGCCCUCCAGAGUUCUCUUUACAAAUAACAGAUCAGUCAUGCUGAACUUCUACUCAUAGUCCAGUGAAUGUGCACCCCCUUUCCUCAUUUCUUGAUGCUCUUCCCUCUCCUUUUUCACCUGGUAGAUUCUUACUCAUCCCUCAAGCCCCAGCUCAGGUAGAACCUUCUAGGUGAAACCUGGUCUGAUUGUUCAGGGACUGGGCCACUUUCUUCUCUUAUGCCCACAGCCCUCUGUCUCCAGCCUUGUCACCACACUGAUCCUGUUGUGUGGUCGUUGGGUGUCUUCUGAGGACAAUCUCAGAUUCCUUGUGAGGAAUUGUUCUCUUUGUGGCCUUCCUGCUUGGCCCACGAGAUACAUUCAGUAAACAUUACUUUGGAAGUUCAUCCAAUUGUGUGGAUGUGAAUGCUUUCAACAUGCAGUUCCACAUCUGUUUCAGACACCUGCUACUUCACGGUUGCUGGGAGUGUCAUGUGAUGCGCUGGGAGAAAUGGCGAGUCUGAUGCUUUAAUCAAGCCCGUGUACUGACUUAUGUGAGACAAAGCUCUUGGCUCCAUAUUUGCAGCAGGACUCCAGCAGAGGCAUGGGAUUUAUAAGUCUUAUAUACAUAUAGGGAGAAGGGAAUUCCAAAGUUAAUUUUCUGGCUCAAAAAACUCUCAUGUGUGUUUACAUAUUUCAGAAAACAAGCAUGUUUUAAAUAUUACGAGUAUGAAAACAGAUUGUUCAGUAAGAAAACCAACUGGAAUUGUUGACUUUCAAGGGUGCUCAUCUACAGGUCACAGAGCAAUGUACUAACUUCGUAAAUUCCCACAUCUUAAAAGACUCCUUUGUAUAAAUAUUCUGACGUCAGUUUGAGAAUCAUAGAAAAUACACGGUAUGUACAUUUUUACACAAGGUUCCUGAGUAGAUUAGGUUGGAGACCCUCACGACUGCUUUUCAUUUCCCACUUGAUAAGAUCUCACUUUAUAGCACAGAACAGUGGGUGUUUUUCUGCAGAUGUAAGAAAAGAGGAAACAUUUCUCCUUUGUCUCUCUCAGGUUUCUUUUUCUCAGUAGUUGGGAGCCUGCACUUUGAAGGUGGAACACUAGAAUUCUCUCAGCACUAACCAAAAAGCAGACCUGGGAUGCUUAAAUCCUACAGUAUAGAAAAGAGCAGGGGAGAAUUUUAACAAGUGAAAUCUGAGGCAUGACUUGUUUUACUUCUGUACCCAGUUUGGUAAAUUGUCUGAAUUUAGUGAGUAAAACAUGAAAUGAUUUUAUUUUUCCUCCAUUACGGCCUUCAGUAUACCGUGUUGAAGCUGCUUUUCUUGUCCCUUUGUAGAUCACAUAGUUUUUGGUUUUUUGAUGGGGGGUGGGGAGCAUAUUAAAAACUCAACCCAGUUGAUCCCAGUACAGUGUUUUUUUUUAAAAUUUCAGCUUUAUUGAAGCAUAAUUGACAUAAGAUUAUAAGGUAUUUGAAGUACAUUGUGGUGAUUUGAUGUACAUAUACAUUGUGACUAGACUCCCCCCAUCUAGUUAAUGACCAUAUUCAUCACUGCACACAUUUAUCUUUGCGGGGGGUGAGAACAU